AUGCAAUCGUGCGGUGUGUCUGUCGCCGUUGCUGCCUGCGCUGCUGCUCGGAGUCUAGGCUCGGCUUCUUCUGGUGGUGAUGAGGGAAAGAAAAUGGCGGCGGGAAAAGCGAGUGAAACAGAGGAGGACUUUCCGACACUGACAGCCCAGGAGAGGGACAGUUUGGUCGGGAUCGACAGCUCACUGUUUGGAUUUCAGAAGCUUCAUGAAGAUGGCGCCAGAACGAAGGCCCUGUUGAUGAAGGCUGUCCGCUGCUACGAUUCGCUCAUCCUGAAGGCCGAGGGCAAAGUGGAGCCGGAGUUAUUCUGCCAGCUCGGCCACUUCAACCUCCUCUUGGAGGAUUACCCGAAAGCAUUAUCGGCAUACCAGAGGUACUACAGUUUACAGUCAGACUACUGGAAGAAUGCUGCCUUUCUGUAUGGCCUGGGAAUGGUCUACUUCCACUAUAAUGCCUUUCAGUGGGCGAUUAAAGCAUUCCAGGAGGUGCUGUACAUUGACCCAGGGUUCUCCCGGGCCAAAGAGAUCCACCUACGCUUGGGUCUCAUGUUCAAGGUCAACACAGACUAUGAGUCAAGCCUAAAGCAUUUUCAGCUGGCUUUGAUUGACUCCAACCCCUGCACUUUGUCCAAAGCUGAAAUUCAGUUCCACAUUGCUCAUUUGUAUGAGAUACAGAAGAGAUACCGGGCUGCCAAGGAGGCCUAUGAGAGCCUCCUGCAGACGGAGGAUCUUCCUGCACAGGUGAAGGCCACUACUCUUCAGCAGCUAGGCUGGAUGCAUCAUACAGUGGAACAGCUCGGGGACAGAGCCAGCAGGGACAGCUAUGCCAUCCAGUGUCUGCAGAAAUCUCUGGAGGCCGACCCCAACUCUGGACAGUCCUGGUACUUCCUUGGCAGGUGCUACUCAAGUAUUGGGAAGGUCCAGGAUGCCUUCAUCUCCUAUCGGCAAUCCAUAGACAAGUCAGAGGCCAGUGCAGAUACCUGGUGCUCUAUAGGGGUGUUGUACCAGCAGCAGAACCAGCCCAUGGACGCCCUGCAGGCCUACAUCUGUGCCGUGCAGCUGGACCACAGCCACGCCGCUGCCUGGAUGGAUCUGGGCACGCUGUACGAGUCCUGCAACCAGCCGCACGACGCCAUCAAGUGCUACAUCAAUGCCACACGCAGCAAGGGCUGCACCAACACCACAGCGCUCGCCCACCGCAUCAAAUGCCUGCAGGCUCAGUUGAGUAACCCCCAGCUCAGUAGCCUACAGGGUAAAAGUAAAAUGCUCCCUCUUAUUGAGGAGGCAUGGAGUCUGCCAAUCCCAGCUGAGCUAACCUCCAGGCAGGGAGGCCUGAGCAGUGCACCACAGCAGGCUUGUAAGCCCAAUCAUAGUGCAGAGGGUGGGGGCUCGGGACAGUCUCUGCCCCCUCACGUGGGCUCGCUGGGCCAAGCGGAGGACCAGUCCUGCCCAGCUAAGAGGAGGAGAGCCUCCAGCCCUUCAAAGGCUGAUUCAUGGGCCAGUAACUCAGCACAGCAGCCAGUUCCCAACUGGUACCUCUCCCCUCAGAAGUUACAGUUGCUGGAACAGUUGCGGAGUAACCGGGCCAGCCUGAAGCCCCCACAGCUUCAGAUGUUGGGGCAGCUGGAGGCUCAGCUCACCAUGAUGCAGCAGCACCAGCACCAGAUGAGACAGAACGCCUCAGGAGGUCAGGUGCGCCCCUCUCUCCCCAACGGCCCCACCACCAACUCCCUUCCCUCCCCCAACCCCAGCCUUCAACCCACCCGGCCCCACCUGGGCCCCCACCGGCCCCAGUGCCCCUCUCAGCCGCUGGCCAACGGGCCCAUGGGGCCUGGGACACAUGGACACUCAGACUCCCUCCCAGUGGGUAGUAACAGUAGUAGUAAUAAUCAGUCAGGGCCCACGGCCACAGGACCCAACGGAGACGUGCCUUACCUGCAACCUGCCGGCAGCGGCGACGCAGCACUGCUACCUCACACCUGCACAAGCACGCAAACACAGGACACCACGCCACGCCAGGCCCUGCACCUAAACUCCUCUCAGGGGCUUCAGAAGGGGUCUGUUCCUCACGCGACGGGCUCCAGUGGUGAGGGGACCAUCUCUCACCCCGAGACCCCCAACUCCACCGCCCCUGUGCACCCCAACAAUCAGGUUGGACAUUCCACUAGCACCCCAUCGCCACAGCAGCAGGCUCACAACCACCUCCCGUCCCCACCCUCCCUGCCCCACUCCUCUACCUCAGGUGGAGCAGCACCCGGUGCGUCCGCUACCAAAGAUAGCAACACCGCAGCCACCCGUGUCACUGCAGCCGCAUCCCUGGACAACGGGGGCUCCGAGGGCAAGGUGCCGUCGCCGCUGCCAUCAGCUGAUGGAAAAAUAGCGCAGGCAGAUGGCCUAGCCAAUCAUAUACACUCGGAGGAAGGUGGCAAGGUGGCAGAAGGUGGUGAGAAGCAGAGCCUUAGCGCAGACAAUCCUAGACUAUCUGCCCUGCUGGCAGGGGGGAAGGGCCCUGAGGAGGGUGAGGGACCAUCAGAAGGGACAGCAUCCACCACACCCGAGUCCCACAAGAAAAUCAACAACAUCCACCCAGCCGUCCUGCCCUCUACCCCCCACGCACAGGGCAGUUCAGCUGCCUCUUCGCCCAUCUCUGCCAUGUCCACCGCCACACCCUCACCCAAGUCCUCAGAACACACCCAAACAGGCGCCAACAGUCCCACCACCACCACCACAACCACCACUGCAUCUACUGCGCCCGCUGUGAACGGUAACGGCAAAGGAGGCAUCUCUGAGGACUCUCAAAGCCCACUCAAGGCUGAGCCGCCCACCGUCACUAGCCUCAAAGCUACGCCACCGCACGGACACAGCUCCUCUUCCUCAUCAUCGUCAUCUUCGAUAUCCAUCUACCCCAGCUCCACAGACGUGCUAAAGGCCUGCAGGAACCUGGGGAGGAACGGCCUCUCCAACAGCAGCAUCCUCCUCGAUAAGUGCCCCCCGCCCCGGCUGCCUCCUCCACCCUCACCAGCCCUGCCCAAAGACAAGCUCAACCCCCCGACACCCAGCAUCUACCUGGAGAACAAGAGGGAUGCUUUCUUCCCCCCACUGCACCAGUUCUGCACAAACCCCUCCAAUCCCGUCACCGUCAUCAGAGGACUGGCUGGAGCUCUCAAACUGGAUUUGGGUCUGUUCUCCACAAAGACGUUGGUGGAGGCCAACCCGGACCACCUGGUGGAGGUCUGGACGCAGCUCUCUCAACCAGCUGAUGAGAAUUGGGACCCGGCAGGCACAAAGAAAAUGUGGCGGUGCGAAAGCGCCCGCUCUCACACCACCAUCGCCAAAUACGCUCAGUAUCAGGCUGCUUCUUUCCAGGAGUCCCUGCGGGAGGAAAAUGAGAAGAAGGCACUAAAGGAGCCCUCGGACACAGAGGCGGCAUCAGCAGAGAGUGUUGCACGCAAAAGAAGGGGGCCCUUAAAGCACAUCAAAUUCGGAACCAACAUCGACGUGUCUGAUGAAAGGAAGUGGAAGCAGCAACUCCAGGAGCUCAGUAAGCUGCCGGCCUUCGCUCGAGUCGUGUCGGCCGGCAACCUGCUCAGUCACGUCGGUCACACCAUCCUGGGUAUGAACACGGUCCAGCUCUAUAUGAAAGUCCCUGGGAGCAGGAUACCAGGUCACCAGGAACACAACAACUUCUGCGCCGUCAACAUCAACAUUGGACCAGGAGACUGUGAAUGGUUUGCAGUACCAGAGCCCUACUGGGGAGUGAUGAGCAACUUCUGUGAAAAGAACAACAUCAACUUCCUGAUGGGCUCGUGGUGGCCCAACCUGGAGGACCUGUACGAGGCCGACGUACCCGUCUAUCGCUUCAUCCAGCGUCCAGGCGACCUGGUGUGGCUCAACACCGGCACUGUCCACUGGGUGCAGGCCAUCGGCUGGUGCAACAACAUCGCCUGGAACGUAGGACCUCUCACCGCCCACCAGUACAAGCUGGCCGUGGAGCGUUACGAGUGGAACAAGCUUCAGAGCGUCAAGUCCGUGGUUCCCAUGGUGCACCUCUCCUGGAACAUGGCACGCAACAUCAAAGUGUCGGACCACAAGCUGUUUGAGAUGAUCAAGUACUGCCUUUUGCGGACGCUGAAGCAGUGCCAGAGGGUGAAGGAAGCCUUGGCGUCAGCCGGCAAGGAAACGGUGCUGAGGCCGAGGACCAGGGACGAGCCGGCCCACUACUGCACCAUCUGUGAGGUGGAGGUGUUCAACCUGCUGUUUGUGCGCCGCGAGCUCCUGUCCAAGAAGCAGUACGUGGUCCACUGCCAGGACUGUGCCAGGAAAGGCAGCGCCACGCUGGACAACUUUGUGGUGCUGGAGCAGCACAGGAUGGAGGACCUGAUGCAGGUCUACGACCAGUUCACAUUAGUAAGUCACCAGACUGAGCGAGAGACGGACUCAAGGCGCUUUGUUUCUUCUGUCAAACUCAAAGAAAACUCCAGUGCAUUUAAGUGAAUCGGCCAAACAAGUAAUGAUUUAUCUCAAAUCUCAAGGAAAAGUUUUGAUGUUUUCAAAAAAACAAAAAAAAAAAACAAACCCAUGCAAACAACUAUGUACUAUAGACUGCUGUUGAAGAGCAAGUUUUCAUUCCAACCAGACAAAAAACUAGUGAUUGACUGAAUAGAUGCCUUUAACCAAUGAAUUACUUCACUCAAGUUGUGGUUUUUGUUUUGUUUUUUUUUUGUUUUGUUUUUUUAAGGAGGUAAAAAAAAAAUCCUAAUGUUUGCACUGCCACAUUUCUUAUCACUGCUUUUAAAUCACCUUCCCAUUAAAACCCGACACCUCAAACACGGAGCCAGGAUGUUGUGUAAUAAAGUGUAUAAGGUGACCAGUGAUGGGUGUGGUUCCUCCUGACACUACAUCAGUACGGACAUUUUGACAAAACCAGCUUUAGUUUAGUUUAUUGUGAGCAAUUUAUGUAAGCCUGCGGAAGUUUAUUUUCAGCCCACGUAAUUAACACAGACGCCAGAUCAGAUAUACCUGCAGUACAGUUUGCUAAUAUUUGUGCUUUUCUUGCGGCAUAACGGCAGUUUGACCACAAAGGCGUUGAAGCCUGUGACUCCACUAAUUCCCGUGUACCAUCUUCCUCCCCAGGCCCCCCCUCUUCAUUCAUCUUCAUCUUGACAUUAGGUUUCUUCUUCUGCUUCUUCUUCUUCUUCUUCUUCUGCUGUGGAGCCAUGACGCCCAUUUACAGGAAAGUUGUAUUAAGAUUUUUUUUAAAAAAAAAAAAGAAAGAAAAAAAGGAAAAAGGAAAAAAAAAAAAGAACAAACAUCUACAUACGCGGACCAUUUCUGAUAUUCAGGAAAGCCAAGGCCGUCUCCCCACCCUCACCACAUGGCUGGUCUCCAUUGCGACGGCUGGAGGCUGAGGCGGCCGAGUGUGUCUGUCUAUGCAACCUGUUUGAAGUGCUGGAGCCUUGCCCUCGCACGGGUAGGAGGCGCCACCGAGCUCGCCAACAGGACUUCUUUCUCUUUUCUCCCCAACCCCCACCCUCUAGUGACAAUGGUCCCACCCUGUUUUAAUGGAGGACUUAAUCAAAAACGGUUGGGAAUGGGGGGGACGAAGGGAGGGAGGAGUGGGAUUCUUAAUGCGUGAUAAAAAUGUUUUGUAGAUAUUUGUCAACUGUCACAACUGGCAACACCACCCGUAAAAAAACUACUGACUUGAUGACCUUUCUCUCUCUCUCUCUCUCUCUCUCUCUCUCUCUCUCUCUCUCUCCCUCCCUCCCUCUCUCUAUUUCUUUUUCUAUUCUGGUAACAGGAUGAAUUGUUGGCUUUGAUUUCUAGAACCCCCCCUCCCAACUUAUGUUCUGUUUUUCCUUCUAAGGAGCACUAGACUAACUGGUCAUUUUUUCUAUAAUAGAUAGUAAUUUUAAGACUCUUUCGACAGCAAAAUCUCCCAAAAAAAUUUGUAAUGUGAAGAGUUUAGGUGAUUAUUUUUUCUUUUUUUUUUUCUUUUUUUUUUUACAGCUUUUAUGUUUUAUCUUUGUGUUGUUCUUUUCAUAACUAUGACAUUUUGUUUGUUUCUUAGUUAAAAAAAAAAGAGAAAAAAAUUUAGGAAAAAAAAAACUUACUAGCCAAGUCACAAAGAGAAAUGGGUUGCACAUAGACUUAUGGAAUAAAGUUUAAUUUGUGAUUUUUUUUUUGUUUGUUUGUUUGUUUCGUUAUGUUUCUAAUCUUGAUGUAAAUUUACACUAUUUAUAAAUACAUAUUUAUUGCUUGAAAAUAUUUGUUGAUGGAAUGCUGUUAUUUUUUCCAGAGUACCUGCCAUUAAAUUUUAAGGAGUUUUGUCAUUUUAACACAACUCCUCUUACAUUUUCUAUAUAUAAAUAAAAUUGCCUAGCAAGCAUUGUACAGAAACGGACAUUUAAAAUUGUUUUAUUGUUUGAAGAAUGUUUUAUGAUGAGUCAAUAAACACAAAGUUGUCAAAUUA